UUCCUCACCUCCAACCCUCAGUUUCUUAUCCGGCCCGCCGCCGCCGGUCGCCGGACGCAUAGCCGCUCGCCGGCACGCAGCCGAAUCAGCGCUCCGCCUUCGCAUCUACCGCGCCCCGGAUCACCUUCCUCACCUUGGAGCUCGGCCGGUUCGCCUGCUCGCACUCGAGCUCUCCGCGUCGUGCAGGAAGUCGCUCGCUCCUCUCGGUAACUGCACUUCAACGGAACCGUCGGGGGCUUCCCACUCCGAACACCCGCGGCGGCGACAGCCUUUCACUACCCGUCACCUCCGUGCCGGCAAUCUCCACCUGAAAGUGCAUGCAGAGCUCCUGAACAACUAGAUACACAUUGGAUUGUGGUACAGGAACAUGUCAUAUGUCAGGAAGACAUGGGAGAUGAGUCUACGGAUGAGUAUUUGGAAAUCGUCAGCAAGACUUUUGCUAGUCAGGAUGAUGCCUUUCUAUAACAGCUAUGCUCUUGAGAAAGGUUUUAGUGUGCGGAAAAGCUACAUUGAGUGGGAUGAAGCCAACCAGGAGAUAAUUCUGAGGAAACUUGUCUGUAGUCGUCAAGGUUCGCAAGAAGAGAAGCACAUGAAGGGAGAAGAUAGGAAGAGGAGGCCAUAGCAUCUCUCUCGUGUUGGUUCGAAUCCCAUUCAAUGUAAACAAUAUGCACUAGCAUCUACUUGUGUUGAAUUUCGACAAAGAAGAGAUUCAAGUCCUCAACUCUCUACCGCUUAUUCGUGACGAGGCCAAAGAAACUACACUGGUGGAGUGCAGUCAGAUGUACUGGGAUAGGGAAAAGAUGACCGAUGAUUUCACGCAGGCACAGAUUCAUAUUUUCAACUGGAAAGUAUGUACAAGCCUUCUAUGUUCAGAUUGUAACACGCUUCGACUAGAAUCCUAUGAGAAACCUAUACUGAAGAAGGCCUACAAAGCUAUAAUGGCAAAGCUUGACAAAGGCAAUGCUGCAGACGACGACAUCCAGGUAAUCAGCGAUCAAAAUGACACCAACAAAAAGGAAGAAAGCCCUCCAUAUGAUGCCAGCAAAAAGGAAAUCAGCCCUCCAAGGCCAAUUGGCAGCCAAAAGCGGAAACUUGGGCGUCGAAGGAAGAUUGAAACUCCUAAACCUAUUAAUCCUGUAAAGGAUCAAUUUAAAUUAGCCACAGAUGGCUUGCAGAGAGAAGAGCAUGCAGGACACUAG